CCCGGGCAUUGCCCUUUCAUUAUUGAGUUGUGUUUCCGAACGCAGAGGUGCUCGCUCAAAAAUGGCGGAUCGCCCGAAGUAACAUCGACUUAACGCUGUGUGAAUUUUAAGACAAAUAUUCGUGAAUUUUAUGUGAAAAUGUGAUUGGUAUGAAUUAAAACAUAUUGUGUAGUGUUGUUUGUGUGUUUUGCAAUAUGUGGCGGACAGGGAUGUGUCGUUUCGGUGUCGGGAACUGGAUAUUCUUGUUCGCCUGUCUCCAUUUGUUUACAUACGCUCAAGGUGGCGAGGACCCAGCAGACCCAGGGGUCCGCUUCACGACGGAGCCGGCGGACGCGGUGCUGGCGCCGGGCGAGGCGGCGCUGUUGCCGUGCUCGGCCACCUCGAGGCGCGCCAUCCGCCUCGCGUGGCGCCACAGCCUCACCGCCACGCCGACCCGGGACCAUGCCAUUACGGAUACUGAUAAGUAUAGGAAGCAACUGCCAAACGGUUCGCUAUCGAUAACGGAGAUGUCAGCAGCGCUGGCGGGGCAGUACCAGUGCGUGGCCACCGUGGACGGGGUCGGCACCAUCCUGUCGCGAGUCGCCAGCGUCUUCCUAGCCGAGGUACCGGAGCUAGUGGGCGGCGCUCGCUCGGUGCUGGGGUCGGCGGGCGGCGCGGCGCUGCUGUCGUGCGGGGUGCGCGCCCCGUCGCGGCUGGCGCUGCGCCUGCUGUCCGCCGCGCCCGACAGGAAGGUGUACGGCGCCGCCCGGCUGCACAACGCGCCGCCGCUGCUCAAGCUGAACGUGACGUGGCUGAAGAACGGCCAGCCACUGCGCAUGGAGAGCACGCGCAUGUGGGUGACGCCCAGCGGAGCCCUGGAGAUAGAGCCGCUGCGGCACCACGACGCCGCCGUGUACGCCUGCCGCGUGUCGCUGGCGAACGCGCCCAGUCAACACAAGUAUGUUGUAGUGUCGGGGAGUGAGUGUAACACCCAGGUGACGCACCACGACGCCGCCGUGUACGCCUGCCGCGUGUCGCUGGCGAACGCGCCCAGUCAACACAAGUAUGUUGUAGUGUCGGGGAGUGAGUGUAACACCCAGGUGACGCACCACGACGCCGCCGUGUACGCCUGCCGCGUGUCGCUGGCGAACGCGCCCAGUCAACACAAGACAAGCGCGGAGACGGAGCUGCGCGUGAGUGCGGAGCCGGCCAGCGCGGAGUCAGCGCCGCGCUUCAUCGCCACGCCGCCGCCGCUCACCGUCAUGGAAGGAGCGUCAGUAACAUUUGACUGCGCGGCGGUGGGUAACCCCAAGCCGGAGAUGUCGUGGCUAAACAACGGUGCUGCCAUCGAUCUAAGCGACCUGGACUCGCGCUUCUACCUGGUGGGGUCGGGCUCGCUGCGCGUGCAGUCGGCCCGCGCGCUGGACGCCGGCGCCUACACCUGCCGCGCGCACAACCGCCUCGACUCCGCCGACCACUCCACGCAGCUGCAUGUGCUCACCCCUCCCCGCGUCACGCUAGCAGGCGGGCCGGUGGUGACGGCGCGAGCUCGCGGCGACGUGACGCUGCGCUGCGAGGCGCGCGGGCGGCCGGCGCCGCGCGUGGCGUGGCUCAAGGACGGCGACCCGCUCACGCCGAACAACCACGACAUCGCGCUCGUCGACGGGUCAUCCCUCCGCAUCCAAGGCGUGCUGCGCGUGGACGCGGGCAUGUUCCAGUGCGUGGCCAGCUCCGCCGCCGGCCAGGCCGUCGCCGCCCUGCGUCUGCGCGUGCUGCCGCCUGAUGACGAGCUUACCAACAUCACAAUAGACUCGUCGAACCACGACACCGACCAGGACCUAGUCCCCCCACCUGGUGAAGACGAAGAUUUCCUCGGAGAGACUUCCUCAGCGUACACGUCAGAGCCUGACGUGGAAUAUGAGGAGUACACUGACGAUGAUAUGUUGCACCCGGGCGAAGGGCUGGAGCUGGAGCGAGACAACGGCACUGCGGUGUCGGCGCCGCGGGGGCUGCGGGCCGUCAUCGUGAAGCACCGCUUCGUGACGCUGAGCUGGGAGCCGCCCGCGCAGCUCGAGGGGGACCUCACGGGGUAUGCUGUCGUGUAUCGAGUCAAGGGGAGUGAGAGAGAACGCGUGUCUCGCGGCGUCGCGGGUCGGCACGAGAUGAACGUAGCGUCGCUGCAGCCCAACACCACCUACCUGUUCAGUGUACGAGCUUUUACUGACCAGCACACCUCACCGCCUAGCGACACGAUCGAAGUCCGCACAUCAGAAGAAGAGAUCACGCACGGUCCGCCGGUGGGGCUGCGCGGCGAGGCGCUGGGCCCGCACGCGCUGCGCCUCGCGUGGGCCGCGCCGGCCGCCGCGCCCACGCCCACCAAGUACUCCAUACAGUAUACUGAGGUGGACAGCGGUCGCGAGCAGUUCCAAUGGGUAGAAGCUGACGCCAGUGCCACCAGCAUUAGCAGCACUGUGAGCGGUCUCCGUGCGGCCAGCGCGUACCUGCUGCGCGUGGCGGCGGCGGGCGGCGCGGCGGCCGAGCUGCGGCUGCGGACACCCAGCGACGCGCCCGCCGCGCCGCCCGCUAAUGUCACUGUCGUCGCCACUAGUGCCACUUCGAUCCUAGUCCGCUGGGAAGCACCACCGGCACGCACACACCGCGGGCCCCUCACAGGCUACAAGGUGCGCUACCGGGCCGCUGCGCCGGAGUCGGGGCCCGCGCCGGCGCCGGGGCCCGGGGGCCCGCGGCGCAAGGCCGACUCGCUCACCACGCCGGCAGACCAGAGGCGCGCAGAGCUUAGAGGACUUGAUACUGCUACUACUUAUCAGAUCCGAGUAUGUGCGAUCAACGCGAACGGCUCUGGUCCGUUCAGCGAGUGGGUGUCGGCGAGCACGCAGCGCCACGAGCUCGACGAGAGCCGCGUGCCGCCGCAGCCGCCGCCCCUCACCACCCGCGCCGGCCGCGACUGGAUCUCGGUGUGGUGGGGCGAGGAGGCGGGCGGCGUGGUGGUGCGCGGCUACGUGCUGGGCUGGGGGCUCGGCGUGCCGGACGACGCCGCGCGGGACCUGCCCGCGCAUCUGCACUCGCAUGUUAUACGCGGACUUGAAUCGAACGCGGAAUACGUGAUCUCUCUCCGCGCGUCGAACUCCCGUGGCCUGGGCCCCGCCGUGUACGCCACCGUGCGGACCCGGGCCCCGGCUGAUGAUGACGCCGAGCCCGAUGACGAGGAUGAUGAUGAUGAUGAUGAAGUGGACGAGCCGCCGCCGCUCAUACCGCCUGUGGGGGUGAAGGUGAUCAUGCUAAGCGGAACAACAGCUGUGGUGUACUGGACGGAUCCCACGCUACCUAAGGGACAGACGGCGACGGACGGGCGUCGCUACGUGGUGCGGUGGUCGAGCGCGGGCGGGCGAGCUCGCACGUUCAACGCGACCGACCUCAACUGCAUGCUGGACGAGCUGCGCCCCUUCACGCAGUACGAGUUCGCUGUUAAACUUAUUAAAGGCGGUCGCGAGUCAGCGUGGUCGAUGCUGGUGUCGAACACGACGCUGGAGGCGGCGCCCGGCUCGCCCCCGCGCGAGCUGCGCCCCGCGCCCGCGCCGCCGCCCGCCUCGCCCGCGCGGGCCGUCGACCUCACGUGGCAGCCGCCCGCCAAGCCCAAUGGACUCAUUACUGGCUACGUGAUAAUGUACGCGGUGUCUCGCGGCGGCGCGGGCGGCGAGGAGUGGACGGCCGUGGCGGCGCUGGGCGAGCGGACACGCGCGAGGGUCGAGCGGCUCCGGCCCCGCACCACGUACCUGUUCAAGCUGCAGGCGCGGAACAGCAAGGGGCUCGGCCCCUUCUGUGCACCCGUCGCCUACAGCACUGCGCCCGACGCGCCCGACGGGCUCGCCAGCGCCACCUCCGCCUGGCUGUGGGCCAGCGCCGGCGGCGCCUGCGCCGUGCUGGCGCUGGCCGCCGCGCUCGCGCUCUCGCUCUGCUGCCGCCGCGCGCAGCCGCCGCUGUCGCCCGACACCAGCACAUACCAGAAGUCGUCAGCGUCAGCGGGCAUCAAGCCGCCGGACCUGUGGAUCCACCACGACCAGAUGGAGCUGAAGCACAUGGACAAGUCGCUGCACAGCUCCGCCAGUAAGAUAUCAGCGGGCAGCGUGGAGGGCGGCGCGCUGAUGUCGUCGACGCUGACGCUGGGCCGCUCCGCGCCCGCCGAGUACGAGCCCGCGCGGCACCCGCCGCCGCCCGCCUCGCUCGACAGGCGCCACCACGUGCCUACCUAUGUCGAGUCGCGCUCGGUGUCGGCGGCGGGCUCGGACGACACGGCCGUGCUGCGCGCGUCGCCGUGCGAGCCGUGCCGCCGCUGCGAGCGCUGCGACUGCGACGACCGACACGACCGACUCGACCGACACGACCGCCUCGACUACAUGACCAAACCGAUGACAGGCAUGGGCGUGGGCGUGGGGUGCGCGAACACGUGCGAGCGCCGCCCGCACGCGCGCAUGCCGCAUCCCGACCAGAGUACGCCACUGCUCGCGAACGUGGGUCCGCUGGGGUCGCCGCAGUCGUCGCUCGCGUCACUGCAGCCGCUACACCCGCCGCCCGCGCCAUGCGGUUCGGGCACGUGUCCACUGGGCGCGGCGUGCUCGGCGCCGGGCGCGGGUGUGGGCGGCUCGGCGCCGGGCGCGGGUGUGGGUACCGGCGACAUCUACGCCUCGGCCGCGCGCGAGCGAGGGCACUAUGUGGCGUAUGAGCCGCUCGGACACUACACGCAUCGAGACUCGCUAAGCAGCGAGGCGGGCGGCGGCGCGGUGAGCGCGGGCGGGUCGCUGCAGAGGCGACACGGGGGCCCGCACGGGCCCGCACUCGGGGGCCCGCACGGGGCCCCGGGGCCGCACGGCGCGCUGCACAGCUUCGCGCUGUCGGACAACGCGUCGGACCACUCCACGCCCACGCACUCGCACUCACGAGCUGGCAGCGUCCGCGACACGUCGCCGUACAAGAAGAGCGCCAGCUCCUCGCCCGGGCACAUCCCCAACCGGCUGCAGCUCGGUGGUGCAGUAGGCCACUGCCCGUCAGAGCUGGAGCCGCUGACCCCCUCCCGCUCGACGGAGCGGCUGCACCGCGAGAUGCAGAACCUGGAGGGGCUGAUGAAGGACCUGUCCGCCAUCACGCAGCAGCAGUUCCACUGCUAGCGCCGCCACUCCGCCUGCACGUGCAGACACGAAACCGAACAGGUGAUGUGUCAGGCGUCACCGCCGAUAUGUACUUGUCGGUACUGACUGACCGACCGCGUGCAGCGGCAGUUACCGCCGUACCUCUGCACUUGUAGAUACUGACUGCUACCAUUAGACAUGGAUACAACGUGGUAUGUCGCCAGGAUUCAGUGAACCCUCUGGGUCCAUGCAAAGCUUUGUGGGAGCUAGGAAGAGAAAAGUCAAAGUCAAAAACUUAUUUCAAAUAAGCCUAUAAAAGCUCUUUCGAAACGUCAAACUAGUUGCAAACUAGAAAGAUGCGUUAAAGCAUCGAUAGACGGAGUGACCAUCGAGCAAAGAUCGUUUUGCUACCAACUAUAGGGCAUACAUUCAUAGCGAGUGACUGUUUGACUACUACAACAUUAUUGAAGAUUUAUAAAUAAAAGCGUAUUGAGCAGGGGUGUCACAAAGCAGUCAUAGGUAUAUCGAUAAUCAGGCGUUAAGUCGGUCAGUCAAUGAGUACAAGUGACAACACUAGCAGUACUUACGAGAUAAAAUUGUGGAUGUUGACGCGCUGUUCGUGUAUUAAAUUUUACCGUUUGUGAGAAAUGUGAACUAUUGUAACAGAAUCGAUGUUCUGUCGGACGGAAGAUAAUCAAAGACUAUAUGAAUAAAGUAAGAAGUGACGUAAUAACUAGUAACGUUGUAACACCAAGGUUUUUUUUUACUGAAACUGUAGAACAUACAACGCCACGAAGUUUUCGAUGUUUAUUUAUUCGUAAACAUGAAUUUUAUAGUUUUUUUUUAUACUUAUAGACAAAUGUGACAUUUUAGCAGCUUUAUUAUUUUAGAUGAUUUUUAUACAAUUGUAGAGGGCGCCACUAUACUAAACACACAAAAUUACUUUAACUAAAGUAAUUAAUUAUAUAUUUUAUGAAUUAGGCAAUUUGUGUGAGUAGUGCGUCCCCGCGGGUGCCAUCUCUCGAUACUUAAUAUUAAUUUAUAUUGAUAAGUUAAUUAACUACAAAUAUAUUUAAAAUUAAUGAUUUCUACACUUUUGUGUCAUCACUGCCUUUUCUUAUUAUAUUUGUUUUAUUUAGUUUUCUUGCAAUAUAUACUAAACAAAAAGAGAUGUACCAAAUUUCGAUAAAGUGACUGUCGAUAAGUUUAAUCGAUAUCGAUAUAUGUGUGUUGUCGGGAAACUAAAUAAAUCGUAAUUAUAUGUACAUUGUGAUCUUAUAUUUAGUUAAUAUUGUGUAUAUACGUAGUUUAGUUAUCCGUAUACCCUAGAAUAAGUUUAGUUUUCUAAUUGUUUGACUGAUAUUAUUGCUAAAGGCCGUCGCACACUGCAGCGUAACAUCGCCUUAUAUCCUGUUACUGAACGAAAAACUUUUGAAAUAUUAUUCUUAUACAUUGCCGGAAGACGCUGGAUGCAGGUGGCCUCCAACAGAUAUCUGUGGAGAUCUAAGGGGGAGGCCUAUGUUCAGCAGUGGACGUCCGCCGGCUGAGAUGAUGAUGAUUGGGAGUUGAUUAAAAUAUUUAAAAAAUAUUAUGUAGGUGCUGAAAAAGUGCUACUUUCGUGUUUUUAUAAGUAAAUGAACUUAAUAUCAUUCCAAUAUUUUUAUACAAAAUGUGACGAAUUAAAUAUCAUAAAACAAUGCUACACUGCAGUGCGCGCAAAAUGGAACAAAACAACUAAAGGUGGUUACACACUUUUUUUCACAUAAAUCAAGUGUGUAACCAGCCUAACGCUCAACAGUAAUAGUGUAGCCUCGGCCUACUCCGCUCAACCGGUUACAUAGUUAACUUUAACUACAUAGUUAUAAAGCUCGUGUAUAUGUUUAUGUAAAGAACUAGUCACGUAAAUAUAUACUUAAGUACUGUAAGUAGAUAGGCGGGUACGUACCAUACUGUGACGUCAUCAAUACUAAUGUCACACGAAAUACACUCGGUUGCAAACAUAUCGGGCCAGUUGCAAAACUACGAUAUUAAAUAAACAUGUGAAUAAGUACUUUCUUUAUAAAUAAAUGAAUCUAAA